GUAAGUAUUAUCCAGUACCCCCAAUAAGUGACCCCAACAGCUCUGCAGCAACUCACCUGAAUAAGAAAUCUUACUGGUUUCAUUUUCACCACCAGAAUCUACAGAAAAUAAAUAUUAGUUAGAAUUUUAGUUAUUUAUAUAUAUUAUUCCAAACAUGGGCGGAGCAGACGGAUCUAACAAGAAAAAAGUCGCCAUCAUUGGCGCCUCCGCACUGAUUCUGGUGGCAAUGGUAGUUGCUGUAACUGUUGGGGUCACAGUGUCACGCCGCGACAGAGGGUCGUCCGACGGCCACACCUCCACGUCCACAAAGGCGGUCCAGGCCAUUUGCCAGCCCACAGACUACAAAAAGACCUGCGAGGAAAGCCUUUCAGGCGCGGCCGGCAACGUCACCGAUCCCAAAGAGCUUAUCAAAGUAGGGUUCCAAGUCGCCAUGGACAAGCUCCGCGGUGUCAUCGAGAAGUCCGUCACGUUGAAGGAGCUGACCAAGGACCCGAGCACGGGCGAUGCACUCCAGAACUGCAAGGAGCUCCUGGAGUACGCCAUCGAUGAUUUGAGUGACUCGUCCGAAAGGCUCGGGGCCUUUGACAUGAGCAAGCUCGAUCUUUACGUGGAGGAUCUCAAGGUGUGGCUCAGCGCCGCCAUGACAUACGAGCAGACUUGCUUAGAUGGGUUUGAGAACACCACCGGUGACGCCGGUGAGAAGAUGAGGCAGUUCUUGAAGACAUCUCAAGAGCUCACCAAUAACGCCCUUGCCAUGGCCGAUGGAGUUUCCACGAUGUUCGGGGCUCUUAAUGUUAAAUCCGGCCGCAGACUUCUUGAGGCUGCAGCUGGAACUGCUGUGAAGAAGUUCCAAAAGGCUAAGGUCAUUCCCGCUUGGAUUGAUAGCCGAAGGCUUGAAUUGGCUACCGCCACUCCUCAGACGCUGAAACCCGAUGUGGUGGUGGCCAAGAACGGGGGUGGUAAGUACAAAACUGUCAACGAAGCGUUGAAGGAUAUCCCAAAGAACAACGCAGUGAAGGUCUUUGUGAUUUAUGUCAAGGAGGGAGUGUAUGAGGAGCAGGUCAUUUUUGAUAAGCACAUGACCAAUGUCAUGCUUAUCGGAGAUGGCCCCACUAAGACCGUGAUCACCGGUAGAAAGAACUUUGCAGAGGGUACCAAGACCAUGCAGACUGCCACAGUUGGUGUUGUGGGAGACUACUUCAUUGCCAAGGACAUUGGAUUUGAGAACACAGCCGGAGCCGUUGGACACCAAGCCGUGGCUCUACGUGUCCAGUCAGACUUGUCCAUCUUCUACAACUGCAAGAUGGACGGGUACCAAGACACCCUCUACACCCAAACCUACAGGCAAUUCUACCGCGACUGCACCAUUAGUGGAACCAUCGACUUCAUCUUUGGUGAUGCUGCCGCCGUGUUCCAAAACUGCAAGAUGAUCGUCAGGAAGCCACUCGAGAACCAGGCCUGCAUGGUGACUGCCCAAGGGAGACUCGACAGGCGUUCUCCCUCGGGUAUCACCAUCCAAAACUGCACCAUCUCUGGUGAACUAGGCUACGAGAAGGACCUCAACAAGGCAUACUUGGGCAGACCAUGGAAGACCUACGCAAGGACCAUCGUCAUACAGUCCCAGAUCGAUGACGUGAUUGCUCCAGAAGGGUGGAUGGAAUGGAUUGGAUCAAACAAUCACCAAUCUUGCUGGUUCGGUGAGUUUGGCAAUAGAGGACUCGGUGCCGACCAGACUAGAAGGGCGACAUGGCGUGGAAUCAAGAAGCUUACCGCUCAGCACGCCGCGGACUUCACCGCAGGGAGGUUCUUGUUCGGUGAUACAUGGAUUCAGCCUAGCGGUGUGCCCUACGUCGCUGGCAUGAUGCCCGGAGUGUAGAUAGAGACAUUAGAUUAAGCUUAUACUUCUAAAUAAAGAACAAAAUGUACUAUUCUUAUAUGUAUUAAAUUAAGUUACAUAUUGCAAUCAGACAAAUAAAAAAUUAAAUUAAUUAUAACGUAUAUACCUUACUAUGUUGUAGGCCUAUUUUAUUGAGGGAAAAGAAAGAGAGAUGGUGGCUGGCAGCAAGGAGAGAAAGAAGAGAGAAUUUGGUCAUUUUGUAGUGAUGAUUUCUCAUUGUGCCUUUAUUUAUAUUAGUAAACAAGGG